AUGUUUAGUGGUGGUAAUUCAUUUAAACUUCCUUAUGCACCUUCCGAAUUUAUGGAUUCUAAUGUUCUCGAUUCAUUAUUUGAUUCAACAACUUCAGUUUCUUCUACAACAUCAUCUUCUUCAAGAACAAAAGAAUCAUUUCAAAAACGAUUAUUAAAACGAAAACGAAAACCUACACAACUACCUAUGUUAGAUCCUGAUACCGUUAGUUUACGUAGUCUUGAAGAAUUUGUUGGUGAUUUACGUAAAACUAAUAAACGUUUAUCUCUACCACGUUUAAGUUCAGUAUCAGAAUUAUUAAGUCCAAUGCGUGAUCGUGUUUUAAAUAUUAUGUGUACACAAAAAUCAACAACAACAAUACAUCAAGAUUUAAAAUUACAAACAAAUAAAAAAUCAUUAUUACCAACAUCGGCAAUAAAAAAAUUUCGCUGUUCAACAUGGUCAGAAACAUGUGACGAAACAUUGAAACAGACAAUGAGUGAACAUGAAGUAGAACGUCAAAACGUUAUUUAUGAAUUGAUUUCAGAAGAAGAAAAAAUAGUAGAAAAUUUAGGUUUAGCACAAAGAGUUUAUAGAAAUGGAAUGAAAACAUUAAAUAUUUUAUCAGACGAUGAAUUGAAAAAAAUAUUUGGACCAUUAGAAGAUAUACUCCCGCUUCAUGAAGACCUAUUAUAUCGUCUUAAACCAAAAUAUGGCGCGUCUAUUGAUGCUGUUGGGAAUAUUUAUUUAGAAUGGUUUCAACGUAUUCGCUCAUCAUAUGUAUCUUAUUGUUCAAAUUUAAUAAAUGCAAAAGAAUUACUUGAUCAAAAACGACAAAAUGUUCGAGUUGAAGAUUAUUUACAACGUUGUACAGAUUCUGGAUUUAGUAGAAAAUUAGAUCUAUGGGAUUUUUUAGAUCAACCAAGAUCACGACUUAUGAAAUAUCCAAUUGUGUUUAAACGAAUACAGAAAAGAACAAAAGAUGGCCAUGAAGACAAACGUAUUUUAUUAGAAACAAUUAAUUUUGUUGAAGAAUUGAUUGAUGAUGUUAGUCAAGCAAUAUCAGCAGCAUUAUGUACAAAUGUUAUACAGAGACUUAUUUAUACAAGCGAUGAACAGAAAAAUUCUCUAAUUAAUAAACAAACAAAAUUAUUGUGUCAAGGAGAAUUGAAAAAUACACGGGGACAAAAAUUACAUGUAUUUCUAUUUGAAGAAAUAUUAUUAUUUACACGAAUUGCUACACGAAAUGAUGUUAAAUGUUACCAAUUAACAAAUUAUCCAAUUCCGAUUGAAUUACUAUUAAUUGAAGAUUUAGAAGAUGGAUGUAAAAUACAAGAAUUAAAUACGGGAAGUUUUAGUCGAACACUAAGUGGAACAAAACAAGCACGCAAUGUGUUUCGUUGUUCAACAAUUGAAAAUAAUUCAAGUGACGGUCGUAUAACAUCAAUUACUUUACAAGCACGCGAUGUUUAUGAUAAACAACAAUGGAUUCAAGCAUUUAAAAAUGUUAAAAAUAUUGUCGAAAUAACAAAAAAUUCAAUUCUUAAAUAA